UAAAAUAUGUGAAAUCGGCACGUGCCUUGCACGUGAAGCAUGCUAUUAGUAAGAUAAAAGUAGAAAAACCCUAAUUCAAAACCUAUUUCCUUUCAUUUAAGCUUUAACGUUGCCGGUCCUCUCAGCCGCCGCCCUUUCUCAAAGCCGAGCUGAAGGAAGAUGGAUUCUCAGGUGAAGCAUGCUGUGGUGGUGAAAAUUAUGGGCCGAACUGGUUCAAGAGGACAGGUGACUCAAGUGAGAGUCAAGUUUCUCGAUGACCAGAACCGGUUCAUCAUGAGGAACGUCAAGGGACCAGUCAGGGAAGGUGACAUUCUCACCUUGCUCGAGUCCGAGAGGGAAGCUAGGAGGUUGCGUUGAUGGGAAUCUGUCCUCAUGUUGCUUUCUUGUUCUUUCCUUUUGCAGUCUUGUUUUGGUUUGAUACAAAUUUAAUUUUGUUUUAGUGAAUGGGAGGGGGAGACCAUAAUCAGUCCAUGUGAGUUUAGUUUAUGUUUUGGUAAUACUGUUAUUAGCAUCUCAGAGUUUUGAUUUAUUAAGGUAAAAUCGAAUUGUGAGUUCUGAAAUGUUUUGAAUUGUCAAAAUGUGGAGAAAACAUUUUAGGAAUUCUACAAUGCACUCUCCUAAAAAAAUUGUAUCGAUACACCCCUAUCUAGUUCAACAUUUGAAAAAAAAAUUAUAGUCAAUUUUUUAUGGUCGGGUGUGUUGUAGUUAUUUAGCACAUUCGGUCAAAUUUUAAAAAGUUAAAAUGUUGAAAAUAGAAUUCAAAUAAUUUGUUGCACAUGUGAUUAGGGGUGUGCAUAAAUCGAUCCAAUCCAAUGAGAACCGACCGAUCCAAUUACAACCGACCGACAAACAUUGGAUAUCCAAUUGUGAUCGGAUCGGAUUGGAUGUUAUUUUUAAAUAUCCAAUUGGAUCGGAUCGGAUGGUGGAUGGGGUGUCUAAAAAUCCAAUACAUCCAACAUCCAAUCGAACUAAUUAGUAUUUUCAUUUAGUUUGGAUGAGUAAUUAGAUUUUA